AUGCCAGACCUCACUGCCGCCGAGCUCAGCAUUCCAGCCGAGCAGCACCCCGAUCCCGCAAAGCCACUGGUGAUACCCGUCGACUCAACAGUGGUGGGCUCUACCCUGCGCUUCAUUCCGUGGUCUGUGGUGGGCAAUCCGGCCUUCCUCCAGCUGCCCCCUCCUCCUCCGGGGAUGCAACCGUCGUGGGUCCAGAUUCCGCAGUGGGUCGCCAUCAGUGCGCUGCUCGCCUUCAGUGAGCCCGAGCCCGCUGUGGCCACCCACUUUGACAGGCUCAGCGUCUUGCGGCUGGCCGUAUUGGCCGCGGCUUGGCGCCGCAUCCUCGGCGCCUUGUCCGACCUCGGCGUUUUCAGCACGGUGCACGUGGAUGAGGAUGCGUUCCGUACGGUGUGCAUCCAGGCUCUGCACUCCCGCCAAAUCCCGGUGCCCGAGCUCUAUCUGCAGUGGGGCGAUUUGGGGUACUCUGAGGCGAUCACACCCUUGGGACCAGCGCCAUCGGCAGAAGCAAAGGUCGUCGACUUCUUGCAGACCAACUCUUUUCAGAACUACUCUGCGGAGGUUGAGACUCGCGCCGAGUAUGUGGGCGGGACCACCGUGGCGCGCGACCGAGUGGCCGAGCAGCGUUGCUCGCGCGCUAUUGCAGCCAAGGCGCCGACGCUCGACUCCCUGCUCCGUGCGCUGCCUCGGCCAACGCCCCCGUCGGUCGUUUAUGAAGCCUACCGGCAGCUCGUCUCGCUCUACUUUCCGACGGAUCGGCGUCCUAUGGACUUGCUCCUGACUGAUCUGGAUGCUCAGCUUCACGCGCGGCUACCCACCUACCAACACGCGCUGACCAACGGCAAGCCGUUCGCUUCGAUCCUGGCGGGGCUGCGCAAGCUUCACGACUCGCUCGAGCCCUCGAGGAAGGCGCCAGUCAUGACUUCGACAGGCGACUCCGAGGACUCGGCGUUGGGCAAGUUCGACCGCGCGCCGGCUGGCCUUCCGGACAACUCACUCCGAGAGGCCAAGGCCGGAUUGCCCACCGCCGACCACGGAAUGAAGCGCCGGGUAGAGCCUACCACUGUUGAGUCGACGGGCAUCACCAGUGGCUUUGCGGGAUCGGGGUGCUGCUCGGCCGGAAUGCUGAGCUCGGGCAUCACCAGUGGCUUUGCGGGAUCGGGGUGCUGCUCGGCCGGAAUGCUGAGCUCGGCGGCAGCGAGGCACGAGAGCGUGCACGACAGAGCGACAACGCAGCGCACUGCCGUCCAGUCGGCGAAGGGACGGCUGCUGCGCAAAGAAGUCUAA